CUUCUGGAUGGUGGAUUUGCAAAAAAUAAAUGCAUUGGAAUCACUCAGCCCCGAAGAGUUGCUGCGGUGACUAUUGCAACUAGAGUUGCUAAAGAAGUAAGAACUGAACUUGGAGGAAAGGUUGGCUAUUCAGUGAGGUUUGAGGAUGUUACUUCUAGUGCUACUAAAAUAAAGUAUUUAACCGAUGGUAUGCUGCUAAGGGAAUCUAUCAGUGAUGCAAAAUUAUCUAAAUACAGUGUAAUAAUCUUAGAUGAAGCUCAUGAAAGGACAUUGUGUAAUGACAUUCUUUCGGGGAUUGUAAAAACGGCUCAAAAGUUAAGGUCAUCAAACCAAAGCGGUCUUUUACCCCUAAAAAUUAUUGUCAUGUCUGCUACUCUUGAUUAUCACCGAUUCGCUGAGUACUUUGAAGCUCCUGCAUAUUUUGUGAAAGGUCGAGAAUUCAGCAUUAAGAUAUUAAAUUCUGUGAACACGCAAGAAGAUUAUCAACAUUCUGCACUUAUUACUGUUUUUCAAAUUCACCAAAAUGAGGAUGAUGGAGACAUAUUGGUUUUCUGCACUGGACAAGAGGAAAUUGAUUCAUUGGCUGCUGAAACAGAGAAUUUGGCUUUACAUUUACCUGCUGGCUGUAAAAAACUUUCUGUGUGGAAAUUAUAUGCAGCCCUUCCGUCUGCUUUGCAAAAUGCAUGUUUCGACAAAGCUCCUGCUGGCUAUAGAAAAGUGAUUUAUUCAACAAAUAUUGCAGAAACUUCUGUCACAAUCAGUGGCAUUAAAUUUGUGGUGGAUACAGGCAUGGUAAAAGUAAAGUCUUAUAAUCCUCAAUGUGGCUUUGAUGUGUUAAAAGUUCAAAGGAUAUCGAAAGCACAAGCUGAGCAAAGAGCUGGCAGAGCUGGACGAGAAUCUGAUGGAAUGUGUUAUCGUUUAUAUACGCUUGAUGAACACAAGAUGUUUCAAGAUCAGUCUGUCCCUGAGAUUCUUAGAUGUUGUUUGUCUAAUGCUAUUCUACAAAUGGUGGCUGUUGGAAUACAUAACAUAUGUGAAUUUGAUUUUAUUGAUAAACCAUCUGAAGAUCAUAUAUCUGCAUCUAUAGAGCAGCUGAAACUCCUUGAAGCUGUAAAUAGGAUCAAGUGGGAAACUAUUGGAAGUUUGGAGUUAACAGAAUGUGGUAAUAAAAUGGUGAAAUUUCCAUUAGAUCCUGUAUUUUCUAAGAUGAUAAUCACCUCAAGCGCAUACAGAUGCACGGAUGAGAUAUUAACUAUCAUAUCUCUUUUGUCCGUUGAGUCAAUAUUUUAUACUUCAUCCGAAAAACACAAAGGUAUUUAUUUAUCUCAGCUGAAAGAGUUUGCUGAGAACACCUUAGACUGA